CGUGGAACCCGAUUGGAGCGUCAAUGAAGCCCUCGCGCGGUCUCGACACCUCUUAUAAACCCCCAGAGCGCAGUAAGCGAGGAUACAGCCUGACUGCAGGGACUGGAGCGACAAGUGGCUGCGGGAAAACAACACCAAUGUGUCGGAGCGGGCAGAGGAUGAUGAUGCUGCCGCCUUGCUUACUUGUGGCGUGCUUGCUGCUUGGAUUCGGCCGGGCCGCCUUGUCUUGGACCGGGGAGACCCCGCUGCUGCAGCCUGGGAAUGCGACUCCCAACCUCGACUCCUUCCACACUAACGUCCCAAGCGAGGACGAUGACGGCGGCGAGACAGCCUCCACCGGCCCGGUUCUUAAACCGGAGGAUCCCGGAUUAAUCUGCUACGAGGAUAGAAUGACACUCAAGCUACCCGGCACUGGCGUGAAGGCGCUCCGUGUGCGAGUGAAGAAUCGCCUCCUUCCAGUGGCGAGCCUGGCCGGGUUUUGCAAGUACAGCGUGACGUUUAGUGGGGGCUACAGCUUGUUCACGACGUCAUUCAAGGGCUGCAACGUGAAGAUACAGGAAAUCAACGGUAUCUCCUCCUUUGUGCUCGCCGUGUUCUUCGCAAGGACAGGGGGUGCAGGGCUGGUGAUGAGGUGUCCACAGAGCACCCCCAAAUCUCUCCCCAGCGCAGCCUGUGGGGUCACCACUGUGACCUUUGAACUGCCAGAGGGACCCCUAGAGGAGGUCACAAUCACAGACCGGUCUGGUUUGGAGAUGCUGAUCAAAGACGCCCCAGAUGACUGUGCUUUCUACCUGAUGAAGGGAGAUGGGAUGAAUGUGCUCACAAUCUCUUACUAUGCCAAGGAUGAAGGCUGUCCUCUUCAAACACAGAACAAUACCCUGGUCUUCCAUGUGACGUACAAGGACGCGGAGGGAUGGCCAGGCUCCAUAGAGCAGGGGUGUCUCCCAUUCGAACCCCCUGCUGUCUGUGGCCCCUCCAGCAUGAGUACAGAUCUUCCAGAGGGGCCACUAGACCAGGUCUUCAUCCUGGAUGGGAAGAACAGCCUGGUUGCUGUGAAGGCCAAUGGCAGCUGUGGCUAUGGGCUUGUCCAGGGGAUUGGGAAGAACUACUUUAUGGCUCCUUACGAUGCUUGUGAUGUGCUGAAACAGAACAUUGACGGCCAUGUCCAUUACUCGCUGUCCGUUUCCUUCUCUGAUGUAAACGAGGUGACUCGCUUGAGGCAUAUGAAGUGCCGUGUCUUGGCUAAGCGUGAGAUCCUCCCUUAUCCCUCUCUCCCUCCCCACCCUGCUGGUGUCUCGGUCUCCUGCAGUGAGGGGUGCAUGACGGUGCUGCUGCCUGCCGGUCCCCUCGACCUGGUCAAAGUCAAGGAUGACUCCAAUAAUCUGGUUGGGGUGCAGUCUGCACCAAGUGCUUGUGGCUACACUCUAGAGGAGAAGGAUGGAAAGACCGUCUUCACAGUGUCUUACACGGCCUGCCAUGUCAAGACCUUGAAUAACUUGCAUGUCCUGACGGUGCUCUUCACCCCCUACUCCUCUCGCCAGAGGGAGGUGACGGUAUCAUCCUGCCCUGUACCCCCAAAUCCCAUCCCCCAAGAAGGCUGUCUGAUCCCAGCUGAGCAGCAGCUUCCCUGUGGCCCCUCUAAGCUCUCUCCAGCGCUGUGCCGGGCUAGAGGCUGCUGCAUGAACCCCAAAACCCGCCGCUGCUUCUACCCUCUAGAGAUGUGCACGGCAGACGAGCAGUUUGUGUUUGCUGUUUACCGCAAGUCUUUCAAUCCUGAGGUCAACCCUGCCAGUCUGGCCCUCGCUGGGGACCAGUCCUGCCUCCCAGUUCUCUGCACUCCAGACUAUGCCAUCUUCAAAUUCCCAGUCACUGGCUGUGGGACCCGCACCUUUGUUGUGGGGGAGACUAGAGUCUACCUGGCUGAGGUGCAGAGCUUGAUCCAACGCAGACAGUGGACCUACGGGCUCGUAACCAGCGACCGUCCCUUUAGGCAAUGCUCCACUCUUUCUACCCCUAGUCUCCUUGUGGAAUGUCGUUAUUCUAAAGGGAACGUGGCCAGCACUGGGUUCCUGGUGAAGACCCCCACAGACCUCCGCCCUGCCCCUCACCUGGGGGUGUUUCAGGUGCAGUUACAGAUUGCUAAAGAUGGGACCUUCUCCCAGUUCUACCCCUCCACCAGCCUGCCCGUGAGUCUCCUCCUGGGGAGCAGAGUUUACCUUGAGCUGCGUCUGAUCAACCCCACUGACCCCAGCCUGGUUCUGCUGGUGCACUACUGCAUUGCUUACCCACGCUCCUCCAGUGCUGUGUGGGUGCUGCUGUACCAGGGUUGUCCAAAUGUCCUGGAUUACAGCAGCUCUGCGUCUCUGCACGUGGACGGCCAGCCCCCCCACUCCAAAUUCAGACGACGCUUCAGUCUCCGAACAUUCCAGUUCCUGAGCAGUGGGCUAGCCCUGGACGAGGAGAUCUCCUUCAUGUGCUCCACUGAAGUCUGUUCUCCAGGCCAGCGCCGCUGCAAUGAGGGUUGCUUUGAUGGGAGAGACACUCCCAUCUCGGUCGACCCCAAUAUGAGACUGCGCUGUGCUGGUAAUCCCUGCCCAGGGAGGGUGAUGCUGGAGGGAGCCUAGUGAAGGAGCUCAGAGCCCAGGCAGGAAACUCAGCCCUAAGACUACAGUAACCAUUUCAAAUAAAAAGAAGAAACCCA